UGCGGGUCGCGGUGAUUCGUAGCGGAGAGGGUGAAGUGGUGGUGUCUUGUGCAUCGCAAGGACCCGCGCCACCGCCAUUGCCGUCACGACCAGAGCAGCCAGCGAGAGAAGGUGCGGUGUCUUCACACGUACCCUAUAUGCCCCCGCCCGCGCAUCAACCACUGAUCGAGCAGUGCAUCUCAAGCGCACAUGCCCACCGCGGCAGCGACGGCGGCGAGCGCGCUGGUGCGAUCCCUACCCUGCUUCUUCUUGCGAACGGUCUUCCUCCACGGCGCCAGCGCCGGGGCUCACCUCCUCCUCGCGCUCGCCGUCUCGGGGAGGUGGCUCUUCGCGGGCCCCGGGAAGGAUGGCGACAUAGCAGUGGGGAGAGCCACCAACGGGGUGGGCGGAUUCCGGCGCUACGUGGGGGCGGCCCGCUGCACCGCGUGGGCUAUGGCGGCGUUCGACCUCCUCCUCGCCGCGUACUCUUCCUACCUGGACAGCGGCACCGGGUGGCCGCUCGACGCGCUGGCGGACCAGGCGGAUGCCGCGGCCCGCGCGGCGGCGUGGCUCCUGCUCGCGGCGUACCUGCAGUUUGAGUUCGGUCGCCGACGCCGUGAUGAGAAGAGGUUCCCCGCGCCGCUCAAGCUCUGGUGGGCGCUCUUCCUGCUGAUCUCGCUCCUCACUGCCGCCGUCCACGCCGCCACAAGCCUCGACGGGCUCCCCGUGCCCGCCCAUUCGUGGGCGCUCGACUUCCUCUCGGUCCUCGCAGCAGUGCUACUUCUCGUCGCCGGGUCAUUGGGCGAGAGGGGAACAGGCGGUUCUGCUUCCGAGGAGCCUCUUCUCGAUCUCACAAGCGAACCGGCAGGCGAGAACAGCAGCGCCUAUGCCGGCUCCACGUUCACUGGCGCCGGCUUCCUCAGCGCCCUCACCAUCGCAGACAAUGUGGCCGGUCUGCUGCCGUCGUUCAAGACCAAUCUCGAUGCGCUCACAGGCAACGGCACUACUGGUCGGCGGGAGGUGACGGCGUUCAAGCUCGCCAAGGCCUUGGUGCGCACCUUGCGGUGGCACGUGGCGGUGACCGCGCUCUGCGCGCUGGUCUACAACGUGGCCACCUACGUCGGCCCGUACCUCAUAGACUCCCUGGUGCGGUACCUCAACGGCGACGAGAGAUAUGCGACAAAGGGGCAGCUCCUUGUCCUCACCUUCGUUGCAGCCAAGGUGUUCGAGUGUUUGUCGCAACAGCACAGCUGCUUCCGGCUGCAGCAAGCCAGGAUACGCGGGCGGUCUGCCCUCGUCGCCGUCGUGUACGAGAAAGGGCUGGCACUGUCCAGCCGUUCGAGGCAGGUCCGCUCGAGCGGCGAGAUGAUCAACAUCAUCAGCGUUGACGCCGACCGCGUCGGGAACUUCUCGUGGUACAUUCAUGACCUCUGGUUGGUGCCGCUGCAAGUAGGCAUGGCGCUAUUCAUCCUCUACUCCACUCUAGUUCUUGCCUCCCUGGCCGCGCUCGGCGCCACCGUGGUCGUCAUGCUCCUCAAUGUGCCUCCAGGGAAAGUUCAGGAGAAAUUCCAGCGGAAGCUGAUGGAGUGCAAGGACGUUAGGAUGAAGGCGACGUCCGAGAUCCUACGCAACAUGAAGAUUCUUAAGCUGCAGGCGUGGGAAAUGAAGUUUUUGUCCAAGAUCAUCGGCCUGAGGAAGACGGAGACAAACUGGCUCAAGAAAUACCUUUACACCUCGACCAUGGUCACCUUCGUGCUCUGGAGUGCCCCGACCUUCAUCGCUGUGGUUACCUUCGGAGCAUGCAUGCUCAUGGGGAUACCGUUGGAGUCAGGGAAGGUGCUGUCUGCAUUGGCCACGUUCCGGGUGUUGCAAGAACCCAUAUACAGCCUCCCAGACAGGAUUUCAGCGACGAUUCAGACCAAGGUGUCCCUUGACAGGAUAGCCUCCUUCCUGUGCCUUGAGGAGUUGCCAACAGAUGCUGUGCAGAGGCUGCCAAGUGGCAUCUCUGAUAUGGCGAUCGAGGUCAGCAAUGGGUGCUUCUCUUGGGAGGCCUCACCUGAAUUGCCAACACUGAAGGACCUGAAUUUUCAAGUUUGGCAAGGUAUGCACGUCGCACUGUGUGGGACGGUCAGCUCUGGAAAGUCAAGUCUGCUCUCUUGCAUUCUUGGUGAGGUUCCGAAGCUAUCAGGGAUGGUCAGGACUUGCGGGACAAUGGCAUAUGUCACCCAGUCGGCGUGGAUACAGAGCUGCAAAGUUCAGGAGAAUAUACUGUUUGGCAGGCAGAUGGAUAUUGAAAAGUAUGACAAGGUCCUCGAGUCGUCUUUGCUCAAGAAAGACUUGGAGAACUUUCCAUUCGGUGACCAGACUGUAAUAGGGGAGCAAGGCAUCAAUCUUAGUGGUGGGCAGAAGCAAAGAAUUCAGAUUGCCCGAGCUCUGUACCAGGAUGCUGACGUGUAUUUGUUCGACGAUCCUUUCAGUGCAGUUGAUGCUCAUACAGGAUCCCACCUUUUCAAGGAAUGCUUGCUUGGGGCUUUGGCUUCAAAAACAGUGGUCUAUGUCACUCAUCAGGUUGAAUUUUUACCUGCAGCUGAUCUUAUUCUGGUAAUUAAAGAUGGGAGGAUAGCACAAGCAGGCAGAUACAACGAAAUACUUGGUUCAGGGCAAGAGUUCAUGGAACUGGUUGGUGCUCACCAGGAUGCUCUUGCAGCAUUCGACGCAAUCGAUGGUGCGAAUGGAGCCAAUGAGGCUUUCGCUUCUGGUGGCACGGCAACGGCAAUCCUGUCCAGAUCACUGUCAUCAGCUGAGAAAGAACACAUUGGCAAUGUUGAAAGUGGGCAGCUGGUGCAGGAAGAAGAAAGGGAGAGAGGCAGGGUGGGGUUCUGGGUCUACUGGAAGUACCUCACCUUAGCUUAUGGAGGAGCUCUUGUACCAUUUAUGUUGUCCGCGCAGAUACUUUUUGAAGCACUUCAUAUCGCAAGCAAUUACUGGAUGGCCUGGGCAGCUCCUGUGUCCAAAAACAUCGAGGGUCCGGUGAGCAUGUCAAGACUGAUCUACGUCUAUGUCACGCUAGCUCUUGGGAGCUCGCUGUGCCUCCUUGUGAGAGCACUGUUUCUUGUGUCAGCUGCAUACAGGGCAGCAACUCUAUUGUUUAACAAGAUGCAUGUGUCCAUAUUCAGAGCUCCAAUGUCUUUCUUCGAUUCCACUCCAAGUGGGCGCAUCUUGAACAGGGCUUCAACUGAUCAAAGCCAAGUGGACACCAGCAUUGCGAACAAGAUGGGUUCUAUUGCGUUUUCCAUCAUACAACUUGUUGGAACUGUUGCUGUAAUGUCUCAGGUUGCAUGGCAGGUCUUUGCUGUUUUCAUUCCUGUAAUUGCUGUCUGCUUCUGGUAUCAGCGCUACUACAUUGAUACAGCUAGAGAGUUGCAAAGGUUGGUAGGGGUUUGCAAAGCUCCUAUCAUACAACAUUUUGUAGAAUCAAUAAGUGGAUCAACAACCAUCAGAAGCUUCUGCAAGGAAAAUCAGUUUAUAUCUACUAAUAGCAUGCUAAUGGAUACUUACUCUCGACCGAAGUUCUAUAAUGCUGGAGCAAUGGAGUGGCUUUGCUUCCGCAUGGAUAUGCUGUCAUCCCUUACAUUUGCCUUCUGUUUGGUAUUUUUGAUCAAUCUGCCAACUGGUCUCAUCAAUCCAGGACUUGCCGGGCUUGCAGUCACAUAUGGGCUUAAUCUGAACAUAAUGCAAGUAACGCUUGUAUCAAGCAUGUGCAAUUUGGAGAACAAGAUCAUCUCAGUCGAGAGGAUUUUGCAAUACCUACAGAUUUCUGAAGAGCCCCCUCUUUCCACACCAGAAAAUAAGUUGACUCAUAACUGGCCAUCAGAGGGGGAAAUUCAGCUCAAUAACCUCCAUGUGAAAUAUGCUCCACAACUACCAUUUAUUCUGAAGGGUCUUACGGUCACUUUUCCCGGAGGCAUGAAGACAGGUAUUGUUGGUAGAACAGGCAGUGGUAAAUCAACUCUCAUCCAGUCCCUUUUCCGUAUCAUGGAUCCUACUGUGGGUCAGAUACUAGUAGAUGGCGUCGAUAUUUGCACCAUUGGGUUGCAUGAUCUUAGAUCUAGACUGAGCAUCAUCCCGCAAGAGCCAACGAUGUUCGAGGGAACAGUGAGAAACAACAUUGACCCUCUUGGAGAGUACACUGACAAUCAAAUCUGGGAGGCCUUGGAUCACUGUCAGUUAGGAGAUGAAGUUAGGAAGAAGGAUCUGAAACUUGACUCGCUAGUGAUAGAGAAUGGAGAGAACUGGAGCAUGGGCCAGCGUCAGCUGGUCUGUCUUGGUAUGGUGAUUCUGAAACGAACCAAGAUACUGGUUCUGGACGAAGCCACUGCUUCAGUGGACACCGCAACAGAUAAUUUGAUCCAGAGGACACUACGGCAGCAAUUUUCGGGGGUGACUGUCAUCACGAUUGCGCACCGAAUCACCUCCGUCCUUGACAGCGACAUUGUUUUGCUUCUUGACAACGGCUUGGCCGUGGAGCACGAAACGCCAGCCAAAUUGCUGGAGGACAGGUCGUCUCGGUUCUCACAGCUCGUAGCAGAAUACAAGAUGAGGUCGACGUGAAAAGCUCACUGAUUCUGUCAUGAGAUGAAUAACUCGACACCUGAAAACGAAGAUAGAAACAAUGAACUCAAACAAAUAAAUUUUGUCUUAAAUAUUGGAAUGGGGCGUGCGGACGCGUACCCCCUAACACAAAUUACGACGUCCAUUCUCCCGCUCGGGGAGAUGGUAGGCUAGCUGUCCACCCAAGUGCAAUGGAGGCUGCUAAUCUAGGCCAUGAGUCUUCUUGAUCGCACAUAGACCCCGUCCAGGUAUGUAAGGUUUACGGUGAUAGCUGAUGUCUUUUCAUAAUGUCCUUCGUCAUAGUUCUGGCUGUAAACCCGCGAUGCGAGACUAAACAAGACUCCUCCGUUGCCCUUACCAACAACGAGGUGCGUUGUGGGAUGUGCAACCACUUUGAUUCUGUUA